CAAAGAUGAACCUAGUGCUGUGGCAUUUAUCAGAUAGUCAUGUUCUAUUCGUAUCCCUACAAGGCACUCAGCUUUCCCAUUCAGUGCGUUUGGCUGAAACUGAAUGGUUCUUGGCCAUUAACCGAAUCAUCGAGGCCAUGGAGGAGCCAAUCCUUUUUGGCCACCGCCUACAUCGUGUGGGCGUGGUACGUCAUUGCAUCCGUGGCCAUAACAAUCAGCUAUCAGACGGCCUUUUUGCUGAACAACCUUUCGGACAUCAUUAUCACCACGGAAAACUGUUGCACCACCUUCAUGGGUGUCCUCAACUUUGUCCGACUCAUUCACCUUCGCCUCAAUCAGAGGAAAUUCCGCCAGCUUAUUGAGAACUUUUCCUACGAAAUUUGGAUACCUGAUUCUUCCAAAAACAAUGUUGCCGCGGAGUGUCGCAGACGCAUUGUUACCUUCAGCAUAAUGACAUCCUUGCUGUCGUGCCUGAUCAUAAUGUAUUGUGUCCUGCCGCUGGUGGAGAUAUUCUUUGGACCCGCCUACGAUGCACAGAAUAAGCCGUUUCCCUACAAGAUGAUCUUUCCGUACGAUGCACAGAGCAGUUGGAUCCGCUAUGUAAUGACCUACAUCUUCACCUCCUACGCGGGAAUCUGCGUGGUCACCACCUUGUUUGCAGAGGACACCAUUCUUGGCUUCUUCAUAACCUACACCUGUGGCCAAUUUCAGUUGCUACACCAACGAAUUGCAUGACUAUUUGCGGGUUCCAACGAGGAAUUGGCCGAGAACAUUCAGCUGGAGCGACUUAAAUGUAUUGUGGAAAAACACAACAAUAUUAUCAGUUUUGCUAAGCGCCUAGAGGACUUUUUCAACCCAAUUCUACUGGCCAAUCUAACGAUUUCCUCUGUUCUUAUUUGCAUGGUUGGCUUUCAAAUAAUUACUGGAAAAAAUAUGUUCAUUGGAGACUAUGUGAAGUUCAUAAUUUACAUAUCAUCGGCCCUUUCACAAUUAUACGUUCUUUGCGAGAAUGGCGACGCACUGAUAAAACAGUCUACCUUAACAGCGCAAAUUCUAUAUGAAUGCCAGUGGGAAGGAUCCGAUCGCAUUGAGAUACAUUCCUUCACGCCAACCAGCAAGCGAAUCCGAAACCAGAUUUGGUUUAUGAUCCUCUGCAGCCAACAGCCCGUAAGGAUUACGGCUUUCAAGUUCUCAACGUUGUCCUUGCAGAGUUUUACGGCCAUUCUUAGUACCUCGAUAAGUUACUUUACAUUAUUGCGAUCAGUUUACUUCGACGACGAAAAGAAACUAGAUUAAAUAAAAACUUGGAGCUCUA